AUGCCUCCAGCAAUCCGCGAAGGCUCUCUCGUUUUUCCGAAAGUACCGGUAUUGCAGGCUGCAGGGCCCUUGGGGCUUUGCCAGAUGGUGGAAACUUCAAUCCUCAACAUCCUUGGAUACGCGACGCUGGUCGCAACAAAUGCUGCCAGGCAUCGGCUUGCUGCUGGCUGGAAGAAGAAGCUAUUCGAAUUCGGUGCUAGGAGAGCUCAAGGCCCCGACGGAGCACUCACUGCAAGCCGCUAUGCGUAUCUGGGCGGUUUCGAUGGCACGAGCAACGUUCAGGCUGCCUAUCGGCAUGAAAUCCCUUUGGCUGGCACAAUGGCGCAUGCAUUCGUUUCAUCGUUUGCUUCUUUUGAGAGCCUAAAGCCAGCAACAUCGUUGCUGGGACCGUCAUUCCCCAAUGCCGUGUUAGCAGCACGCGACUCAGUGUUUAAACUUUGGCAUGAAAAGAAUUUUAGCCAGAUGGCGAAGGAAGGGGAGCUCGCAGCGUUCACGGCGUAUGCCAUGACCUUCCCAGAUGGCUUUCUGGCUCUUGUAGACACGUACAAUACGCUCAGCUCAGGAAUUCCAAAUUUCUUGGCAGUUGCACUUGCACUCUUUCAGGAGGGGCACACACCCCAAGGUAUACGCAUCGAUUCGGGAGAUCUGGCGUAUUUGUCCAGAGAGGCACGCCAGCAGUUCAAGGAGUGCGAAGAAGCAUUCAACUUCCCCUUUUCUGCAUUGCAUAUUGUUGUCUCCAAUGAUUUGAACGAGGCAGCGAUCAGUGCUCUUAACGAUGAAGGGCAUGAAGCGGAUGUGUUUGGGAUCGGAACGAACGUUGUGACGUGCCAGUCGCAGCCAGCUUUAGGAAUGGUUUACAAACUAGUAGAGUUGGAGGGAAAACCCUGCAUGAAGCUUUCAGAGGACGUCGAAAAGACGUCCCUCCCCACGGCAAAGGCAGCAUAUCGUCUUUACAACAAGGCGGGUAUCCCAGCAAUUGAUCUCAUCCAGAGCGCGUCUAUGCCGCCGCCGGUCUGUGGUCGUCAGUUGUUCUGCAAGGAUCUGUACGAUGAUAAGAAGCGGUGUUUCUUUAUUCCCAAAGCGGUGGAAGAGUUAUUAGUGCUGCUCAUCAAGGAUGGCAAGCUCCUUCAGCCGCUAGAAUCCAUAGAGGUAUGCCGUCGCCGGUGCAUAACCCAGCUUCAGCACUUCCGUGCCGAUCAUUUGCGUCUUCACUGUCCUACGGAGUAUAAGCCAACUGCCUAUGCGACGGCAGAAGUGUUCCCGCACUGUCGCCACUUCCCUGAGUGGCGCAAACGCGAAAACUGUGCAAAACAGACGAGGAAAUGUGUGCAUCAAACGCUAACGAGAAAUAGAGGGGAAGAAAUAACAUACACUAGCCAGGCAACAACGAAUGCAUUGCCAUUCAAAAGGAUUGAAGGCAGCGCGGUGGCUUGCUGUUGUCGAAGCGGUGAAACGUGUGAGCCUCCUGCUACGAGAAUACCGACAACAAGUGAAAGGUGUGCAGGAAAUCAAACGCAGAAACCUGGCUUAGCAGUGCCUCAUCGAGCAAUGUGUGCUGCAUGCGAAUGCGGCCAGUGCAUGCCGCAUAGUCGAAUUUCAAGUGUUAGAAGAGGCAUAAGCAAAAAUGCAGGGACACCAUACCCGAGAGUGCGCGCGUGUAGAUCUGAGUGUAGAAAUAGUGCAACAAUGACGAUUGGAAGCUUAAUAAGGCAUGCUCACAGACGAAGAUAG